AGCAUCAUCUCGUCUCCUCUUCCUGAGAAUGAAAACCCUUGAAGAAGCCGAACUUUGCUUUCCACAACUCCUCAACUCCUCCUGCAGGAAGAACAUGCGUCCUCACUCUCUAUCUAUGCUAGCUUACAUUUUACUGCCCUCAAUCUCUCUGCUCACUGUGACUCUCAACCUGUUGGUCAUCAUCUCCAUCUCCCACUUCAGGCAGCUCCACACACCCACCAACCUCCUCCUCCUCUCUCUGGCUGUCUCAGAUUCUCUCGUGGGUCCCAUUUUGUUAUUUCAAAUUGUGUUCAUAGACGGCUGCUGGUUUCUUGGUGACCUCAUGUGUACUUCGUAUACUGUUGUGGACUUUAUUAUUACUUCUACUUCAAUAGGAACCAUGGUUCUCAUAGCAGUUGACCGAUAUGUGGCUAUUUGUGAUCCUCUACAUUAUUCCUACAAAGUCACACAAAAAAGAGUUCAAGUCUGUGUUUGUCUGUGUUGGAUAUUUUCUAUUUUCCUUAACAGUCUGCUGCUGAAGAAUAACCUGGAACAACCAGGCAGGUAUAAUUCCUGCUUAGGAGAGUGUGUUGUUGUCAUUAACUACAUUGCUGGUCUUGCAGAUAUUUUUUUGUCUUUUAUUGGUCCUGUCACUGUCAUCAUAGUUCUGUAUAUAAGAGUUUUUGUGGUGGCUGUGUCUCAGGCUCGUGCCAUGCGCUCUCAGAUUGCAUCUUUCCCUCUCAAGUGUUCAGUCAGUGUAACUGCUAAAAAAUCUGAAAUGAAAGCAUCCAGAACUCUUGGUGUUGUUAUUGUUGUGUUUCUAUUGUGCAUCUGCCCAUAUUAUUGUGUUUCACUCACAGGCCAGGACACCUUGUUUAAUGUCUCAUCUGCUGCCUUUGUAACAUGUCUGUUCUAUUUCAACUCCUGUCUUAACCCUGUGAUCUAUGCCUUUUUUUACCCCUGGUUUAGAAAAGCUAUCAAGCUCAUUGUUACUCUUAAGAUACUGCAGCCUGGCUCAUGUCAGACCAACAUGCUGUAGAGCAGGGGUCACCAACCUUUUUGAAACUGAAAGUGUAAACAAUAGUACGAAGGGCUACUUGUUUGAUACAAACUUCCUGAAUAACAAAGUUUCACAGAUAACCUUUUAAUUACAAUAAUGUAUGUAAAGUGACUGAUCACACAUUAAUGUUAAUUAUUCCUCACAAUUGUUAUUGACAAUGAUUUCCACAACAAUGAUGGUAGGAAACACAGAUAUAUGUAAACAUUUAUUUCUGUUAAUCUGUUCCAACAUUUGAAAGUCAGAGGUAUCCUAUCUCUGAUAUUUUUGUAAAUAUAUUUGACAGUUUUGUUUGAAGCACAUUGUAGUUGUGAAACUGAUCAGCAACUGUACUUAAUUAUCCUCAGUUUGGUUGGACCACACAGUGUGAGGGGAAAUAAAAUCUGUUCUCUCUCACGCAAGUUUACAA